AUGCUUCGACGGGCGAAGCGCGCGGUGAAAGACGCGCGCGUCACCGCGAAGGCGCGCGCGACGGUCGAGACGCGCGACGAGGCGUACGCGCGCGUGCCGCUUCGAAUCGACUUGGACGGCGCGCGCGCGAGCGAUGACGACGAGGACGCGCGCGACGAGGACGCGCGAGCGUCGCCGCGCUUGGUGGCGCACUACGGAUUCGACGCCACGACGUCCGCGGUGUCGUACGCGAGGGACCAACACGCGCUGUUCGCGGCGAGCGAACACGGCGUGAAGGCGUUCGGCGCGCGCGGGACGGAGUGCUUGUUCGCGUCGGCGUCGGGAGGCUCGUCGGAGGCGGUGCGAGGAGAGUACGUCGCGCCGUCGCGCGUGUAUCGAUGCGGACGAGACGGCGACGUCGAGGUGUGGGACGGGCGCGAGCGAAGGUCGCUGGCGAGCGAAAAUUUAGACGCGGGCGACGACGAGCCGAGCUGCGCGAGCGAGGCGAUGCGAGGGACGAAUUUCUUCGUCACGGGAACGGUGAGGGGGGACGUGUGCGUGCACGCGUUGGGAGUGAACGCGCGAGGAGAGACCACGGUGGCGAGAAGGCGCGGGUACAGGGUGUCGGCGUCGCGGGCGUUGUCGCGCGUUUUGCCGACGCGAAACGCCGUGGCGGCGGUGCGCGCGCGACCGGGAAGAGACGAGCGAGCGAUGAUGCUCAUCGCGUGGUCGGACGGGGCGCUCGCGCUGUGGCACUUGCACGAACAACGGUCGGUGGCGGUGACGUCGCCGCGAGGCGACGCUGUGGACGAGACGGAGGCGACGGACGCGUCUUUGACGUGCGCCGAGUGGCUCGACGCCGAAUGCGUCGUCGCGGGGUACAGCGACGGGCGCGUGAGAGUGUGGAAAGUGCGCGCGGGUACGGUGAUGACGGAGGAAAUCGUUGAAAAGCAGUGCAUCGUGCCGCACGUUUUGAUUAAUCCGUCGUACAAGGGCGCGCUGACACCCAUUCGCGCGUUGAAGACGUACGUGAGCGAAGACGACGACGCGGCUCGCGACGUCGCCACGUGGUUCGCGUGCGUCGGCGGCGAGCCAAUCGCGUGUCCAGAUCCCGUGAUUUGUUUGCGAGCGACGCGAUGUGACGGGGAGUUUCGAAUCGAAAGCGCGGGUGCGAUUGCGCUGCCUUGGUUCGGUCCAGUGCUCGACGCGACGUUGGUGCCAUAUCGCGACACUGUGGAAUCGAUUUGCGUUCUGUCCGAAGGCUCGCAGCUACACCUACACGACGUGCGUUACGGAGUUUCGAGCGACGACAUCGCGCGCCCGCAGGAAGUAAUGGUGAUGCGACCGACACUUUCGAAGACGUGCGCGCCGAGUAUCUGCGCGACGUCGCGCGACGUCGCGCGGGCAUUUGAGCAGAACGCCAAACGCGUCGCGGUUCCAGAAAAUGAAGUAGACGCGUCGUUCGCUUGGAAAGGGUCGAAAUGGCCAAUCAGCGGUGGAUGCGACGUAGUCGAUGACACGACAUCGCCUUCAUCCGCGCUGCGUGCGCGCAUCGUCGUCGGCGCGUUCGGCAGAGACGGUUCUGGAGUGAAAAUCUACAUCGAUCGCGACGGACGAUUGAUGUCUGGUGGCGCGAUCGCGCCGAACGGCGACUCGAUCACGAGACUGCACGUCGACGCCGGUGGUGCUUUGCUGAUCGUCGGUCGGGUGAGUGGAAACCUUGAAAUAUACGCGUUGCGCGAGUAUCCAGCCGACGGUGCCGAAGCGACUUCGCGAGUACGUACGCACGCGCGCAACUUAAACAAGAGCGACGCCGAAAACGUUGACGAGGAGCGUGCAUUUUUCGCCGGUGAAUCUCGCGACUUUGUCGAUACGGAUUCCGCAGCGGCGUGUAUGACUUCGGUAUACACACUCAUCGGUAGAUUUAGCUCGGCUGGCAAAGCCAUAUCGUGCGUUCGAACGAACGCCGCGGCGACACUCCUCGCCGUCGGCGACGUCGCAGGGUGUGUGUCCUUACUCAAUCUUCAACGAGGAACGAAAAUGUGGACGGUGUCGUUACCUACUUCUGCCGAAGGAAAGCCAUCGGCCGUGGCGGAUUUCGACUUUGGGUUACCGCUUCCAGACGCUCCGGAUGAGUGCGUCCUGGCGGUUCUAGAAUCAAACUGUAGCGUUCGUUUCCACGCGCUUUCGACCGGUUCGCAGAUUGGGAAGACUAUGACCCCGAAGUCAGCGGCAGAAGACGUGGCGCUUGCAAUCUCGCUCCUUCGGCUCGAUGGUACGGCGUCAGAUAUAAUUCCACCAGCGCCCGUCGCCAAAAGUUGGUUCACACCGCCGACAUCGUUUGCUUAUCAAUUUCUCGCGUCGGAGUGGACUGUGGACGACGCGUCUGCGUCAGACGACGAAGACAAAGUGCUGUCGACGGACGAGGAAGACCGUGUCGACAGCGACGACGUCAUUAAGGGAAACCCAAAGCUGACCGCCAUUGUCGUUACUGUGGCGAAAGAUUCGAUGCGCGUAUACCACGCAGUCGGCUGCUCUCGAGGAGAGCGAUUUACGUUGCGAAAAGAACACCUCGACGAGCCGCUCAUCGGUGCGUUCGCCGUUCGAGAUGACGGUAGCGAAAACGAAUGUGCGUUCGGUCACGGACGGAAACGUUCUCACAUCGUCGCCUUGACGGAGUUUGGGAGAAUGGUGGCGUACGCGUCGCCGUCCCUGCAAAUGCGCGGCGUAUUUGGUCCGGUGCCGGCGUUGUCCAACGCCAACGCGACGUGUUGCUCUCGAGGCGGCGCCGUCGUCGUCGUCGCAGAUGACGGCUUGUCUAUCGCUCGACUCGAAGCAUUUGGUGACAGCUUUCCCGCGCAAGGUUGUAUCAUCGAUCUCGAAGUCGAGAGCGCCGCGGAAGCCGCGCGAGCGGCGCGACACGCCAUGGAAGAAGACGAUCCCGAACUCGCGCAGCAAACCAAGUCACCUCGACGAGAAGUAUCGUCAGCGUCGACGACACCCAUGAAGACCAAAGCGCUGACGAUGAGUGAAGCGCUACGACAUCGCGCAAAGGCGGCGUUUGAAAAGCUGGAAGAAAAGUUCGCGCAGUCACCACGUGACUCAUCGUCGUCGCCAGCGACGCGCAAGAUGUACACGACGACGGACCUGGCUGUCUUAUUCGCAGAUGCUCGCAUAGAGGAUCCCGCGCCGGUCGAAAGGACGACAGAAUCUGCAGAGCGCGAUGAGUUGUUCGCGACAUCGUCGUCCACGCCAGCCAUCGCGCCUGUGCGUCGGAGCGCGUCUUCAGUCCGAGCCAAAUGCGAUUUUAGAAUUUUUAGUAGCAGCGCGACGCCGAGCGGCGUCACAAGUACACGCGCACCUUUCAUGCCUCCCGCUGGAAAUUGGCCCAAGUGGGCCAAAAAGCGUCACGCUCGAGACUUCACGGCGCGCGACACCGUGCUCGAGGAGCUGCGCAAGAAGACCCACCACGGCGCCUCGCUCCUCAGACGCGCGUUGAAGAAGGCCAAAACCUUUGACGAAGCCAAGCUCCGCCGGCGUCUCAAGGCGCCCGAGGACGCCGAUAAGCUCAAGCGCGCGUUGCACGCGACGCGUAACGUCGAUAUCGACGUCUUGGCUCGGCAAUGCGCGUCGGCGUGCGCGCAGAGAGUGGAAGAGUCGCUCGAGUUGGCAUUUCGCGAGGUGGCGGCGGAUGGCGACGCGAACGCCGUCCGCGCGACGCACGCCGUGGACUUGGGCGACGGCUUCGACAGUCAAGACGUGUUACGCGCUAUUUGCGACGACGCCGCGAGCGCAAAAGCGAGCGAGAGCGAAGGGAAGGAAGUCGUCGGGGAGAAUGAAUACGUGAGCGCGGCGAGGCGGUUGUUGCGAGCGCAGGCGACGCGCGCGGAGACGGAUGCGCUGAAGGAACGAUUGUUGGCGAUCGCGGGUCGAAUGAAUCGUGCGGUGGUUGGGAAGCAAAAACGCGAAGAGUGGACGCGUGAGAAGCAGGAGCGACGGCAGAAGCGCGAGUUGGCCAUCGUCAAAGCGGAGGAAAAGGCGAAACGGCGAGCGGCGGGAGAGGAGGUGUCGUCGAGCGAGGAAGAGGAGGUCGUGCACGCGAAGCCCACGUCUCGCCGCGAUGCUGACAACGAGGAUAGUGCAUCCAAAUCGGAUUCUGAAUUCGAAUCCGACGUCGGUGAAGAUGGCUAUGCGAGUUUGAGCGAGGAUACGUUGGCGGAGCUUUACGCGGCGAAGGCGGCGGCGAAAAAGUCGAAAAAGCAGGCGAAAUCGGCGAAGGACGGGGACGAUGUCGAGGAUGUAGAUCUAGGACCAAAGAAGAAAAAAGUGAAAAAGCGCAUGGGGCAGCGCAAGCGUCGUCAAAUCGCGGAGGCUAAGUUUGGCUCAAACGCCGCGCACAUCAUCGCCGAACGCGAAAAAGCUGCAGCCGAGCGUAGGGCGAAGGAGGAAGAGGAAAGAAAUAUGCACCCGUCUUGGAAAGCGAAACGUAAGCAAGCACCCAUCAUAAUCGCUGGUGCAAAGGGUAAGAAGGUCAAGUUCGGCGAUGACGAUGGUGCGAAGAAAACGCCGAUAGUUUCGAAGAAGCAGCAAUACGCGCCCAAGGUUCCGGAGGGACCGCUGCACCCAUCGUGGGCAGCUAAGCUGAAGGCUGAUCAACAGGCCUGGGGCGGCGGCGGUGUCAAGCCCGAGGGUAAAAAGGUCGUAUUUGAUUAA